AUGAAAAACCUCCUUAUUUUCGUGGUCUUUGCUACUGCCGUCUGUUUCCCUCGUUCUAGCGGAACCAAAAAGGCGGAACUCAAAAAUGUAAGCCAAAGAAAAGAAUUUCUGACGAAGGCCAAGAAGCAUAUCGAUGAGUUAAAGAAGAUGUUCAAUAAAUUUGUAGCGGUUGACAAGAACAACUCAAUGACUGACGAAGAAAAGAUCAAAGCCUUUUCUGCGAUAGAAAAAGGGAAUCCAAUGGCGUUCAGCGCUGUGUAUGUCUUCCACAUGAAUGUUGCAGGAACGAAAAAUCCUAUGGUUUUACCCCCUUCUGGAGCUAAAGCGGAAGAAUUUAAGAAGGAAGUUCGGGCGGAAGUCGCUAAGCUCAUAGAUGGGCUGUACGCAGCGUUGAAAAGAAGAAUUGAUAUACUAGACGACAAAUCGAAGACUUCCGUAGAAAAACUCAAAUCCCUUGCGAAGCUAGCACGAGAGAAUCCGCAGACGAACCUCGUUCUGCAAAUCACGGUUGGUGCAGUUGCUGGUGAAAUUUGA